GGUCAGCUUACCGCAACAUGGCUGACUACGAAGACUCUGAAGUGAGGAUCAUUCUGGUAGGGAAAACUGGAAACGGAAAGAGUGCCACAGCCAACACCAUCCUCGGGAAAUGUCAAUUUGAUUCUAAGAUCUGUGCCUACGCUGUUACCAAGACCUGCCAGAGAGCAUCCAGAAGGUGGAAGGGGAAAGACCUUGUUGUAGUCGACACUCCUGGGCUCUUUGACACCAAGGAGUCCUUGAAAACCACGUGCUCAGAAAUCAGCCGCUGUGUCCUGUACUCCUGCCCUGGGCCUCAUGCCAUUAUCCUGGUUCUGCGACUGGAUCGCUACACUGAAGAGGAGCAGAAAACCGUUGCUCUGAUCCAGGGUCUUUUCGGGGAGGCAGCCCUGAAGUACAUGAUCAUCCUGUUUACUCACAAAGAGGACCUUGAGGGCCAGAGCCUGGAUAAUUUUGUAGAUGAUGCAGGUGAAAAGUUAAAUAAUAUUGUCUACUUGAGUGGGAAGCGCUACCUGGCAUUUAAUAACAAAGCUGCUGAGGCCGAGCAAGAGAAUCAAGUGCAGCAGCUGAUAGAUCUGAUAGAGGAAAUGGUGGCCAGGAACGGCAGAACCUACUUUUCUGACAGGAUAUAUAAGGACAUAGAUAAGAGGCUGAACCAAUGUCUAGUGGAUCUGAAGGAGACUUACACUCAACAGCUCCUUAGUGAAAUCCAGAGAAUAGAAACGGAAUGUGCUGAUAAACCAGAAAAAGAAAAGGAGGCGCAGAUUGUUUCUGCAAGGAGAAAUUAUGAUGAAACAAUAAGAAAUUUGAAGGAAAAGGCUGAAGAGAAUGUAUUUACGUAUAUUUUCCAAAAGAUAACAGAAAUUCUUUCAAAACUUUGGGACAUUUUGUGAUGUAAAUUUUAUUCUUUUUUUUUCUAUUAAUGACGUUUGCUCUUUGACAAUUUCAUACAAGCACACAUAUAAUGUGUUCUGGAUAUAUUUGUGACUUUUUUCUUUGUAUCUUUUGCUUUGUGAUUCAUAGAAUUUAACUAGGUCUGUCUGUCUGUCUGUCUCUCUCUCUCUUUCUCUCUCUCUCUCUCUCUCUCUGUGUGUGUGUGU